AUGAAACAACAACAGCCAUCAACUACAUAUAAAGUUAUGAAAGACAAAAUAGAACUUGAAGAAUAUAGCAAAGUCCCCGGUGGCGUGUCUAAAAGCGCGAUUGCACGAAUAAUACCUUAUUCAAUGUACACAUUGGAAUUGCAGCAUGGAAAAUACUAUGUUGGCAAGACAAGACAUUUACAGGAACAUAAAAAAGGAAAGGGUAGUGCUUAUACAAGAAAACACCCAGUAAAGGAUUAUGUUGAGGUGAGAGACUUUGAUAUCGAGGAAGAGGCCACAUUCUAUGAAUGCGAAAAGACCUUGUCCCUAAUGGGGGACCACGGUGUUGAUAAUGUUAGAGGUUCCGCCUGGACAGUUAGAUACCUGUCUGCGGAAACGAGAGCAACACUUGACCACAUGCUAAAGCAUGAUAGCAAUGCCUGCUACAAAUGUGGUAGUAAAGAUCAUUAUAGUAGCAACUGCACCAGUGCACAAAGCUCUACUCACCAAUACCAGAAGCCUAUACCUACUGAUCCUGAAUAUGGUAGAUGUGGACGCAAGGGUCAUUCCACUGGAGACUGUUAUGCCAAGACCUACAGUGGAGGAACCAAUAUGAAUGCCCGUGGAUCACGUACCGGUGCAUGCUAUAAAUGUGGUCGCACAAAUCAUUGGGCUAAGAAUUGUUACGCUAAAACUGAUGUACAUGGCAAUCGUCUGUAA